GCAUGCACUGCGCAAUCUCUAGAUCGCGACAUUCCAGAGAGCUGUGUGAGCCCUCAUUCUCUAGACACGUCGCACGACAUGACUGUUCCUGCAGCGGAGUGACAUGACGGAGGUGUCCGAAAACGAUGUCUCACGUGCUAACGGGACCCCGGUCCCAAUGUCGAGCUAGGAUCCCUGCCCAACGUCACAGCCCCGGUUGCACCUUGCUCUGCGUCAGCCCUAUUUCCUCCACCAAACCUUCAAUACCCCAGGCAACAGACCGGCAAGCUUCCGGUGUAUAGCAUACGGUACCUGUCAACGACCGAAACUAUAAUGGCAGCCAAUUUCGCCCCGUAUCAAGACAUACCGGAAUCGUCACGCGCGCUCUCCCCACCGCCAGUCCAUUCGCCGAGGACAUCUAUUGACCGCACACGGAAUAUUAUAUCGCCUCCCACACGCGCAUACGAGCAACAUGACUACUUCCAGGGCCAGUCGCCUGUUUCCCCACCUGCAGAACCAGAUACCGAGCGCAUAGCAUGGGACCAGCCGUCUCGCAGCACAGGCUUCGGUCGCUCACGCGAGGAUGUGGAUAUGUUCACCACAUCUCUGGGCUGGAGAUUGGACUAUGAGGCUUGCCUGGCAUACCUCCUGCUUCCACCAGCAGGUGGAGUGUUGCUACUGGUCUUGGAGCACCAAAGUGACUAUGUGCGGUUCCACGCAUGGCAGAGCAGUCUGCUAUUCGCCUUCAUCUUUGUGGUGCACAUCAUAUUCAGCUGGUCGAGUUUCAUAUCCUGGGUCCUGUUCAUCGGAGAUUUGGCAGGCAUAGGGUGGUUGACUUGGAGGGCCUAUCUGGAUGCUGCGACACUUGACCGAUACGAAGUUCCUUUCUUUGGCCCGCUAGCGAGCUCUAUACUUGACGACGAAUAGAACGAUACGAGGAUCUUGAGGUUUAUGUCGAUAUGAGCUAUAUACAAUCUGGGCAAGCAUGGUGUUCACGGAGUUCAUGACAGCAACGAGUUGUCAAUCUACGUGGAAUGUUAUA